UAGUACCUAACUCAAAACGAGGCUUGUUGCUGGACCUCUGACCUUCCGACUUUGUAGAGGGAAACUAAAACUACCGCGAAAUGGAAGGGAAUGUUGCUGUUAGGCCUUGGCUGGUUUCCAUGAGAAAGCAGUUUUGAAAAUGAACGCAGAUAUAUCAGACAUCAUUUCACAGAUAAAGGCUGUCAGAGAUGUUAUUAUCUCAAGAUAUAUGAUGGGCAAGAUUCUAGCAUCAACUUUUGCUCUCAUGGUUGGCAUGACCGUAUUCUCAAAGAUCUUUGAUAAGUAUAGCAGAUGCAACACAGGCCACAUCAGAUCUGUGUGCAAAGAGUACGAAGAAGGAAGGAUGAAUGGUUCUUUUUGCAAGAGACUCUGCUCGAAAGAUGUGUCAAAAGUGUACCAGAAGUGUCUUUCCAGCACCUGCGAUAAGAUUGUCUAUGAAAUCGAUUUUGAUGGUAUGCCACUGGUUGUCAAAUAUCAAAAUAUUCCAGAAACCGAGAAAACUGGCAAUGAGCAAGAUUUUGGAGCAGCUGCUCAAGGCAGGUGGCUUGUCAAAGGAAUGUGUCUGGAAAUCACAUGUUUUGCCUUUUGUCUGUACAUCCUAUGGGAAGCCUUACAGCUGUCUGUUUUAUUUCCAACAAACUUUGCUUUAUCAGAAUCAAUAAGCCAAUUGCUUCUAUGACGCUGUCACAGUCAAGAAAAUAUCGUCACUUUAACUCUUCUGUCGCUGCUGGCAAUAAGCUCAGUCCGGCACAGCUCAUUCGCGCUGGAAAAUACAAUGACGAGCCACCAUUGCUGGAAUCAUUAUGGCCUAGUUCAGGGGUUUAAUCCACCUGUCAGUCAACUAUUGGCCAAUCAAUUAGCGACUAGUUGUACCAUGCUUCUUGAUUGGCUAUUGGUUGAUAGGCAGAUGGCUCAAGCCACUUCAGUAUGUGUCGAUUGCCUUUAAUGAAAAUUUCAUGCCAUCGAAAAAACAAAUUAGAAUCCUCUUUUCAAAUUUAUGCUUGACACUGAAUUUUCUUGACAAAUUCGACGUGAUAUGCAGACGUGAUCUCAACUCAAAGCACACAAAGAUUAACGUUUCUUCCUCCCCAUAACUGUUAGAGAAGCGGAAAGCGUACGAAGAAUCUAGCAGAAAUGAUAACGAGGAGCCUGAAUUUUAUCGUAUUAUGCAGACGCACGAUGUGCAGUGCUAACUACGGAUAAAGCCACAAUACUUCUUUGAUAAACACGCUUUUUGUGACUUCUUACCUGUGUCACUUUUGCAGAGGUAAAAUACUAAAAAACAGUAGAGCUUCAUUUUGAAAAACCAUCAAAAUAUUUCUAAAAACACGAUGAAAACCAGGCGAAAUCUAAGCAUGGUAACUGAAGUCUUCAGUGUCGUUUUUCAUUGUCAUCAAUCAUUUAACUACCAUCCUUCCUGUACUCUUUUUACACUUUCUACACUCAUUAGACUAACUGCAACUAUAAGGCCCAGGUAAUCGGUUAUCAAAGCAUGAUAUGCCAAGGUCCCUCUAUAACGGCUUUUGAUUAAAAAUAUAGAAGAGGACUGAAAAUUACUGAAAUUUGUCUACCAGAAAGAUAAAGCUAUUUACAAGAAACAAGUCGAGCUUAGACCAGAGACGAACAUUGGGUGAAAAUGGUUGGAGGGGAGCGUGUGAUCGCAGCCCCGCGUGGGAGGCAUAGGACCGAUUGAUCGUAACUUAGUUGUGCAGGCGUUCGCAGCUUUGAUUGUCUUAUUACGCUGUAAAGUAAUUACGGUAAUAAAUAUACAUGUUUUCUAGACUAGAGAAUCUGCAGAAUCUGCAAAAGAAUGCUUGGGCCAUCUUAAGCAUUAAAAAGUUAAAGGACAAAGGGAGUGACAGGCAUUACGUAAGGAAGAAUUUGCUCUUCCUUAGACCUAAAAUGACUUUAACUUUUCUCUAUUUUCAAAAGCAAGGGACAUUCAACCGUGUCACCUUACGACGGGCCUUAAAAGGUCUUCGAGAUUCAAGGUUAUGUUGCAUAACUCAAAUCUAAAGCACCUUUUAAGUACAUAUAAAGCAAGUUUCGCGGACUUCUAUCUUGAGCAGAUGUAACUUCCUGGCAAAUGCGUGCAAACGGCAUUACCUACAUACAAAUAAGAUUAUAUAAAUAUUGAUACGAGUACAAAUUCUUAAGAAUAAUAACGAUUUCUAAAAAUUCUCUGCAGUGUCGCAGAGAAUGAAUGCUAACAUCACUUGUCAGAAACUCUUGACAUCAGUAUUAAAUACUUUCGUGGUUAUAUAAAUUUACACUUCUGAGGCAAAAUUUUAAACAUUUGCUUUGGAAAUUGGAUGGCUUGAAAACCCAAACAACUGUGACAGUAGCAGAUCCCCACAAUUACCGCCUGAGCAAUAGUCGGUUUUUUAAUACUAAAUUUGCCAUACAAGCCCAUUCAACGUUGGAAUACACUGUGGAAUUACAAGAAAAACAGAUAUAUCGAUAAGUUAAUCAACAAAUUAAUGAUGAAUGAAUGGAUGAAAGAAUAAAUGAAUAAACGAAUGAAUAAACUAAUUAAUGAGCAAAUAAAUGAAUAAAUGGUUGUAUGAAAAAUAAAUAAAUUGAACUGAUGAACAUAUGAACUGAUGAAUACGACUGAUGAACAAACGAAUGAAUUAAUGAGGGAAUGAAUGGAAUAAACACAGGUACUUUUAUUAUUAAAAAUAAAAUUUGCUUUUGAAGGAGGGAGUGGCACAUGUUUCUGAAAUUUUCAUAUCCUACGCACUUAGAAGAACAGUUUAAGAUCUAAGUAAUAAGCUUUUUUUGAAUUCAAUUGAGUAACAGUAGGUCAACCUCUCUUAUUGAAUAUCGCCGACAAAAUUAUCAUCAAGCUAUGAUGAUUGGUAUGCAUCUUGUUUUAAGGGAAGGAAAUUGUGCAAGACUAUCAGUAUUAAAGUGCCACUGAAUUGAAAAAUGUUUUUAUUGUUUUUGAAUGAAAUUGUUUUUAUUGUUGAUUCUGGUAGACUAAUCAUCGCUGAUUUCGAAACAAAGUUUAAUUUUUUAAUUUGGGGCCCACAAAUAGGGGUUUCUGGGGUUCUUUUGCGAGUAGGUCGUGUGAAAGAGGCUGGGGCGAGUGACGCAUUAAGAUUUAUAAAGUCAAUUCAGCCAUUGUGAGGGCUGUAAGAAGAUAAAAAGUUACAAAAUGUGUAAAACAUGAUACAAGCAUGAAACUUGAUAGAGAUAGGCAGUUUGAUACGCAAAAAAAGAUAGGGUGUGAAUGUGAAAAUGAACUUCUUUACUUUUUGAGGCCCCCUGACCACGAGGCCCUGGGGCAAUUUAUCCCAUCUUGACGGCCCUGACAAUAACUGAUGCUUUGACAGUGGCAACGCAAGUUGGAAAGUGGGAAAAGCGCCGAAAAUCUGCAAUUUGUGUGAUUCUGUAAUAUAUCAAACUUUUCCCUUUUGCUCACUUUUAUUUAUAAUUUGUAAAGCUGUUCGUAAAAGCAUUCUUAUUCGACACGCUCAAUGAUUCACAAAAGGUAAAUGAUCGGCAUGAAGUCUUGGUAAAAACUGCACGCAAAAAGUUUGCUUAUUUCGUAUGGGCUCGAAAUUUUUGCAAGAAAAUACCUUGCACGUGUCUUGUAGUUAGAUAGCUAGUGAUAUUUGGAGCACAAGUAUCGCACUAUUUCCAUCCACUUCAUGUUUUUUUGGUUUUUUAUCGCACUCGAAAUACAGUUUUCGGUACUGAAGCCCGCAUCACUUCCGCGACUUAUAAACGUUAAUGCGUCACACAUUCCUGAAAUUCCUCACAGACCGCGCACAAAUUUUCGCACAAAAAGUCUUUUGAAAAUCGCAACUUUGAAACGUUGUAGCUUCAAAACAUUUCACAAUUCCGAAAAGCGAACUUCACCAUCGGAUUCAGGAGCACUGACUUGACUUAAAACAUAAAUAAAAAUUUUUUCAAUUUUUCAAUUCAGUGGCACUUUGAAUGAACUAAUAUUUUGCCUCGAUAUGAAGGGUUUCUUCGAUUAAAAAAGGAGUAGAUAGAAAACUUUUGGCCUAACCACACUACUUCUUUCAGCGGUAGCAAGUUUUUGACAGGAUACAACUAUGCACGGAUUAUCUAAGUGGGUCCGGAUUUCAUUGCUUGUAUUAAACCAUUGCGAGCCGCGUACGGAAGAAAAUAGCCACAACUAGAUUCAAGUUGGGAACAGCAGGGAUAUCCUAAAGCUUAUUCUAAAUUCAAGACGUGAAAAACUUUGGUUGCUUGCUGUCUUCUUGAAAGACUAGCAUGCCCAACUUACGAUUUUGCUGUAUUGCUCUGGGCUACAAUAUUUGAUCAAACGAAGUUGCAUUUUGGUAAAUGAUGUUAUUGCUAAAGAUUGAUUUCGACAAAAACCUUAUAACUUGUAGGAAUUCGCCUACCUUGCCCUAGUCAAAUCUUGUUCUUGUCGAUAAGGAAAGAUUUCUGAAUAACGUGACCGAGAAAGAACCAACCCCUGGGUGACUAUUUGCAUUUUAGACUCUCUUUGCUUGUACAAGAAAGCCAGUAAGCAAACGCACAAAGUGGCUGCACUCAGCCUUAAUACUUCUAAAAGUGACUAUCUUGUCUCAGAAAGAUUUUUUGCUUAUUAAAGUCAUGUCUGCUAAGAAUAACUGCUUUGUAACGAUUCCUAAAAUAUCCAAACACAGCUUUAUAUUGCCAAGAACUCUAAAACAAUGUGAAAUGUUAUUUGAAUAAAAAUACUUGUAGCAAUAUUAAACACGAAACACCGAAAACGUUUUUCUGAAAGUCGCAUAAAAAUGAUUUAACGAAUUCCGGCACCAGAAACUAGUUUCAAACCUAACUUCUAGGCUUUGCGUAACGGUGCUUAAACAACUGUGUCUGCAAGAAUCUGCAUCUGUGUAGAAAAGCAGUAAUAGCCGUUGGAUAAUCCACGAGGUUAUCCACGUUCAAUAUUGUCUGAGAUGCCUAUCAAAUUUAAACUUUUGGUUUUAAACUAUCUAGACUUCUAAUCUCACUAAUAGCAAGAACUCUUUAUCUUUCCUUUGCUAGCAUCCCUCCUUGGGCAUUUUUGACGUUUGCUCAACAGGUACAUUCUUUGUGAUCAUAACUGAGAUGAUUUCAACCAAAGCAGAUUUUGAUUUCUCAAAAUCGAUAAAGGAGGCACAAUCAGCAAUGCUUUAUCGAAGAACUGCAUAACCUCUUUCUGGUGUUGUGCAGGCAUGAGAUUAGCAAAACUCACGAAACUUCUUUUGACCGCAAAAUUAGCUCCGCACAUGGAUUGACUUUAAGCAGUGCAGCGAUGUUGGUGUUUGGAUCCAAACGUCUUUCACCUUGAGAUCAAAGCAAAAGAAAGACAUGAUUAUUCCACGAUGUGUUAGUAGAUAUUCUAGCCAUGGCAAUGUCUCCGCAAGGAAGCGUGUUAGAAACAAGAUUAGAUACGGUGGUAAUGUAGAUAACUUUUGCAUUAGCUUUUGAAAGGCAAACUUGAAGCAGCGAACUGCUACUGUGAUAAACAUCUCAUAACAUAUUCAGUUUGAAAAACUCGCUAGAAAAGAAAACAGAGCAAGUAGAGAGUAUUUAUCAAUAACGGAUCUCUCUAGGUUGGACUAAGCAAUGCAGCAAAAUCCUAAAAUUUGGUUUAGAUAAACAGAUAUCACUGUAAUUUAUUGAACGUCAAUUUUACCAUUUACCAUAAACAAGAUGGAACUGAGGUAUCGCAUGCCCGUUGGUUAUAUUCAAAUUUCUACGUGAUUGCAAGUAUACAUGUAGAGUCAUUUGAACAGGCCUGUAAAUACGGCCUGUGCUUUCUUUCCGUAUUGGGUAUAAUGUGAACGGUUAAGACGAAAAUCAAUAAAAGCGGUAUACCAUCAACAUAAGUCAGUAACUUUCGUUACUGCCUUCAUUAAAGUUUAAUGCUAGCCUGUGGAGAGUUACGAUAAGCCGAUCUGCUUCUUUAUCCAUAAUUCAGAACUCUCCUUAUCCAGUACAUGUUAGAGUUUGAAAAUUUUGAAGAAAAUGUAAAAGAUAACCUGAUUGGUCAAAAUAAACUUAUCAAUCAACAGCGAGCCAAUUACAUAACAUAGAAACAGGCUCAACUAACGGUAACUUCCAUUUUUUUUAAAUAAGAUAUACAGAAUGUCAUACCGAUGUUCCCACCACAUUCAUAGAGACUAAAUGUGUAGUUUUCCUCUUUGUCAAGGUUAGAAUCACUUCUGCACCUGGAUGUUGGAGAAUUUACUUUCAAAUGACUCGAUUCACUAUAUUCCUUAUAGCUAUUUUUUCUUUUACUUCGAAAUCUAGAAACAAUGUCAGCUGCCGUAAUGUACUCUGUUAAUUGGAUGGCCAUGCAAGUUUUGUUACACAUUGGUGCCUUGACCCGAACUAUUGGCACAAAAUCGCCCUAAAAGAGGAAAACGAAGAAAAAAAGUUUAAUAUCAUAAAUCACUACAUAUACGCGAGAAAGUGCCAGAGAUUAUCAGUUUUUUAGUUACCACGGUUUUUAUAAUGUGGGAAGGAGACAGGGAUUUUUAUAAUGCUUAUGGAAGGCAAAUUCAAGGAGGCAAAAUGAAGUGUAUUUUUUGUAGGCUUUGGUCUUUUUCUGUGUCCCGUAAACAUCGGAAUCAAAUCAGAUAAUAAUUGCUUCAGAUUUCCUCCUUGACUCUUAAUGUGUCAUUAAAAUAAUUAAUCUAUAAUGCAUUCAGUGAAAAAGCACGCGCGUGCAAGAAGAGUCAGUAAAAAGCCGUAACAAAAAUGGCCUACAGCACUAAAUCGUCAAAUGUUGUCAGUAACAAGAAUAGCGUUUUAUUCGAUUAAAAACGCAGCGACUUAUAAUUAUUUUCGACAAGUUUUGACCCGGUUUCUAACCGAGGGCAGCUUACAAACGAGGGUGGCUUACAAACGAGGGUGGCUUACAAACGAAGGUGGCUUACA